GUGCAUGCCUUCAUUUCACCCGGCCCGGCGUCAUACAGAGUUUUGUUCGGCGUGCAAAAAAUUAUCACAUUGUUCUUCUUAAAAUUUCUUAGAUAACCUACCCGUCAACUUAGAAGCGAAGAAUACACAAUUCAAUAUGGACAUCAUUGAUAAACUGUACCAGCAUUACGAAAUCUUAAAUGAAGCCAAAGAUGAUAUUGCAAAGCAUAGGAAAGAGUAUGAAGAUAUACUUUUAGCUGUCAAAGGAUCUGAUAAAGAGAAAAAGUUAGCUUCUCAGUUUAUUGCCAAAUUUGCCAAGUCUUUCCCUGACCUGGAGAAUGAAACGAUUGAUGCCAUGUUUGACUUGUGUGAAGAUGAUGACGUAUUGAUUCGAAAGCAAGCAAUCAAAGAUCUUGUAAACAUUUGCAAGGAUAAUAAAGGAGCUGUGCGCAAAAUUGCUUAUGCUCUUGCUCAAAUUCUUCAAUCAGAAGACAAUUCUGAAGUCACUGCUGUGCACAAUUCAAUUGCCUCUUUAUAUCAAAUUGACCCUGCUGCUACAAUUGAAGCAUUGUUCUCUGAACUUGCUGAAGAUAAUGAAAUUAUGCGGGAAAGAACCCUCAAGAUGUUGGCAAUGAAACUUAGAACUCUUGAAACCGGAGUCAUGAAACCAGAAGUUAAAGAAUUGUUGGUUAAGGAAUGCAAAAAAAUUUUACAGGACGUCACAGCAGAUGAGUUUGUUUUAGUUAUGGCCAUUCUUGGACAAUGCAAAAUAGCUGAUUCAGUAAGUGGACAACAACAGUUAGUUGAUCUGGUUGCUGAACAGUGUAAUUUCACUCAAGUUUUCAAUCCUGCUGACCAAGAACACCUAGAUCGUAUCAUAAUCUGUAUCAAACAUGCUUUACCUUAUUUUUCGACUCAGGUGAAAUCAACCGCAUUUGUUUCCUACAUUUGUGACCAAGUUUUGCCCCAUCGUAAUGAAAUUGGGCAGAGUGAACAAAAAUUGGACAUAUUUAAGUUGCUGGCAGAAUUGAGCUCUAAUUGCGGCCCCCUAGAUCCAGUCGUAGAGCGAAUCCAAAUCGUGUACGACACCCUCUUGGAAUACAUGCCUCUUCCACCACCAGUAUUGGAAGAAACCAAUGGAGAUGGAUCCACGACAGAAACUGAAAUUCGGUUAGAGUUCACUUUUGUUGAAUCAUUGAUCUUUGCCUUUCACCAGUUGGCUCGUCAACACCGCGAAUUUCUGACCGAUAAUGCCGAUCGCAGCAAGGAUUUCCGAUCACGAUUACAAUAUUUUGCUCGAGGAGUGCAAGGCUACAUAAAGAAGCUACGUGAGUCGUUGCAAGAUAAAGGUGUCGACCAACUGAGAGAUGAAGAGGGUCGGAUUAAGGUUACUGCUUUGAGAACUACCUCCAACAUCAAUUCACUAAUUCGGGAUUUGUUCCGAAACCCGCCUUCUUACAAAGUCAACGUAACGUUAUCAUUCAAACCGACAAAUGCAUCACAAGCAGCUAAACAGACAGCAGCGGUAGCAGUUAAUAACGAGAGCACAAGUGAAGCGGCCGGCGUUGCUAAGCGUCAUGCUCCCAUCACGUUUGAAAGUUCGCCGCCGAAAGUUCGAGUGAAUACAGACAACCGUGUGAGGCAACCAUAUGUUGUUCCCACUGGCAAAUUUAGUGCCAACGUGUCAGCGCAUGGCGCAGAUUCUCGCCCCCGUGGUCGUGGUGGGUACAGGGGUGGGCGGGGAUAUCGGCGGGGAGGGUACUAGUUGCUAGAAUCCCCCUUUUCCCCUUUUAAAUUCUAGUUGUGUAUUCGCAUUUCCUUCUUUCCCUCUCACCUAAACCUGGAAUCACCCUUUUCACCUUUUCAUUUAAAAUGGUAACAACGGAAGCGGUCGGUAAACUAAGGAAAAUCUGAUAUUGUGGAGUCGGUGACGGGACGGACUAUGUUUGUUAGAAAAAUAGCUUCUAUCUCGCCAAAAAAUGCCCUGUGGAAUGUCGACAUACAAAUUGCGAUUUUUGAUUAAAUUCUGAUUUUCUUAAUUCUCCGCCAUUUCAGCAGGAGUUCGGCAUGUUAAUGCUCGUUUCUUUGUUCUAUUUAGAAACUACGAAUUUGGUGAUAGAAUGGUGGGUGCGAUAUACCGGAAGGUUGGACUUGCUUGCAUUUUAUUCAAGGGUUACUUAUUAUAUCUUUAUUUUCAGUCGGAUGUCGAAUCCAGCCAACAACACGAGUCACUAACUACUGUUUACAAAUUCUGAUGUUUUGCUAGGUACAUAUCCGACGGGCGGCAUCUCAUUGUUGCUAAAGAGAUGAGGUUUAGAUUUCUUACUUCAGUGUCCGUCCCUAAGCCGUACACACAAUUAAGUUCUGCUAUUGUUUGUCAUACCUAAUAUCGUCAUUAAUACAGACAAUGAUACAUUUAAA